AUGAAGGAAAUAUUUAUUGCCGUGCUGCUAACCUGCAGUAUUAUACUUGUAAACACACGCCAUGUACAAAAUGAAGAACAAAAAGUAGGAAACUCAAAUUUACAACAAUCCGUGGAUCAACUUCCUGCUGGAACCGAAAAAAAAGAGGCGAAGAGCAGUCAUAAAGAAGAAGGCGGUGGAAAGGAACAUCACGCACAUCACCACAAAGAUGAAGGUGAAAAGGGAGAAAAGGGAUACAAGUCGCAUCAUCAUCAUGACAAAGGAGAUCACGGCCAUCAUGACAAACAUCAUCAUGAAGGUCACCAUGACGAACAUGGUGGACAUAAAAAGAAACAUCACGACGAACAUGAUCAUCACGGGGAACACCAUGAGGCAGAACAUGGCCAUAAAGGAGGUAAAUUUGGACAUAAAAAAGGUCACAAGAAGGGUUCAAAGACUACCGGUUUCCACCACAAGUCUCACAAAGAUGAAUACCAUAAGGAACAUAAGUUCUAUGAUGACUUCCACAAGGGUGGUCAUCAUCACAAGCAUGGAGACUUCCACGGUCAUCACGACAAUAAGGAAGGACAUCACAAAAAGGGUGGUCAUCAUGAGAAAGGUCAUCACGAAAAGCAUCACGGCAAGAAAGGAAAACAUGACAAGGGACACUAUGAUGAAGACCAUAAGGGACAUAAAGGGCACCAUGGUCACGAAGAACAUCAUGCCCACCAUCACGAUCAUGGCAAGAAAGGGGGACAUGCAGGAGGGAAGGAGUUUGGCUAUAGUCAUGGCAAGAAAGCCUAA